AAGCCAAUCAGAGUCGUCGCCACGAUUCCCGGUAACAAAAGCUGCAUACACCCGCAGGAACUCGGAUUCUCCCCGUCUAUGGGGUGUGAGUCAUGGAGUUCAGAACCCUGUUCUUGCUGCUUUGGGGGCCUCUAACCCUGACUCAAAUCUGGGCGAGGUCCCACUCCCUGCGUUAUUUCCACACCUCCGUGUUCCAAGCUGGCCGCGAAGAGGCUUUUUACACCUCGGUGGGCUAUGUGGACGACACGCUGUUCCUGCGUUUCGACAGCGACGCCCUGAAUCCGAGGGUGGAGCCGCGCGCGCAGUGGAUGGAGUAUGAGACACCAGCGUUUUGGGAAGCGCAAACCAAGAUCGCCGAAGCCCACGAGCAGAAGUUGCGCUGGAACCUGCGCUCCACCCUCCGCUACCUCAACCAGAGCGAGGACGGCUCUCACACCUUCCAGUGGAUUUCUGGCUGUGACCUUGGGCCAGAUGGAAGCCUCCUUCGUGGAUAUGAGGAGUUUGCCUAUGAUGGUGCGGAUUACAUCUCCCUGAAUGAGGACCUGCGCUCUUGGACCACGUGGGACAAGGCUGCUCAGAUCACCCAGCGCAAAUGGGAGGAUUCAGGAGAUGCAGAGCACUACAGGGCCUACCUGCAGGAGGAGUGCCUGGAGUGGCUCCGCAGAUUCCUGGAGAAAGGGAAGGACAAGUUGCUGCACACAGAGUCUCCAAAGACACAUGUGACCUAUCACUUCAGUCCUGAAGGAGAUGUCACCCUGAGGUGCUGGGCCUUGGGCUUCUACCCUAAGGAGAUCACCCUGACCUGGCAGAGGGAUGGAGAGGACCAGAUUCAGAACAUGGAGCUUGUGGAGACCAGGCCUGCAGGGGAUGGAACCUUUCAGAAGUGGGCAGCUGUGGUGGUGCCUGCUGGGGAAGAGCAGAGAUACACAUGCCAUGUGCAACAUGAGGGGCUGCCUGAGCCCCGCACUGUGAGAUGGGAGUCACCUGCACUGUCCAUCAUCCCUGUCAUGGGAAUUGUUGCUGGCCUGGUUCUUUUUGUAGUUGUGGUCACUGGAGCUGCGGUGGCUGUUAUGAGGUGGUGGCGGAAUGCAGGUAGGGAAGUCAAGGGUUCUGGGUGUACCUGGUCUAGGCCCCUGGUAGAAGUGAGCUCUGCCUCAUUAAUGGGAAGCACCAUCCAUACACACUUGCUGAUACUCACUCUAUUGUAAAGCACAAGGAAAAUAAAGGACAAAAUGAUCACCAUUAUGAUUGUCAUGAUGGGGACCUGAUCCCAGCAUUCAGAGGGCAAAGGGGUAGGUAGGUCCCUGCUGGAUACAGACCUCCAGGAGAGUGAUUGGUUAAGUGCCUGGGCAUCUCCUAUCCUCAUGCCUCUUGAUCCUUUCUAAGGUUUCCAAUUACAGUUCAGGAACCUUCCCUGGGAUCCAGGCCUAGGGGAUUCCUCAAGCCCUCAUAGCUCUGCCUCCUCCCUGGCACACACAGGUUGUUUUCUUCUCAUAGGUAGAAAAGAAGAGAGCUAUUCCAUAACUGUUCAGAGAGUGUUGUCCCUGAGACCCUUGGAAUAGUGUAGAUGGGAAAACAAGGAGGGUCCCUCAUCUGCCCCAUAAUUUAUUCAUUCUUCACAUACCUUUUGGAUUUUGACUCUGUCUUGUUGUUUUUCUGACCCAGGCAAUGACAGUGCCCAUCACUCCAAUACUUUUCUAGCCCCAUAAAGGUGAGACUCUGGAGGGCUUAAAAUGGUAGAAGGUGUGAUAGAGGGGAAUGGAGAAGGUUGUGGGAAUUCUCUUGGAUCUUUGGGUGAGUUCUGGGUUCUUCAGAAUGUUGUCCCUUUGAGCAACUGCCCUGAUUUUGUUCAUGACGCUUUUCUUCUGUAGCAGAGACAGCUGCCUUGUGUGGGACUGAGCAACACAAGAUUUGUUCAAGCAUUUGUGACUAGAAGAACUCUGGAGUCCCUUUCUGUCAUGGGUUAUUAAGCCAUCCACAUUCCUAUUGGCAUAAUGUGCAGAAGUGAGACCAGUGCACAGGACCCCUGUCCUGCACCAUCCCUUGCCCACUCACCUUUCCUGUUCUAGCAGAGGUGAUGCUGGGAUGACUCCAUCCCUCUCUCAACAUCACUGUGCACUGAGCCACAACUUCUUACUUCCAUCCUGAAUAUAAGAAUCAGAAUAUAAAUAUUUUUCAAAAUCUUGACCCAGUGGAUUGAUUGGUUAAUAAACAGAGAAAAUUCCAAAUUAGAGAGAGAAAAUAAAUGGAAACACUGAGAA